CGCGGGAAGUAAUUUGAGUGUAAUAUAUAUAUAGUCAGCUCCCACAUCAAUCCACAGACAAGCCUGUGUAGGCUCCAGAAUGGGAUUCUCUGACACCACAACCUCAAACUGCAUGGACAAUAGCCUGAAUAAUACACUUGAGAAAUGUCUUGGUUUGAACAAUGGCAGCGUGAUGGCGGUGAGGCAAGAACCCCUCCUGGACUCCGACACCACGCUCGCCAUCAUCUAUAUCGUCAUCAUGGGGAUCGCUCUCCUGGUCGGUACGUGUGGAAACGCUCUAAUUCUCCUGGUUUCCGCUGUAAUGAGGGGAAUAAACAAGUCAGGGAAGGAAUUCAUCCUGAACUUGGCCAUUGCAGACUUGUGUGUGACGGCCAUUGCAGACCCCCUCUGUAUAGUUGGCGUUGCUAAAGGAGAGCAGUUCUUUGACGACAAGAUGUGGAUGUGUGAUUUUGUAGCCAGCAUGUGUCUGACUGCCUGUUUCUGUGCCUUCCUGAGUCUAACACUUUUGACACUUUCACGCUAUAUAUACCUUUGCCACAACCAGCUCUAUGAUAAACUGUUUAACCGUGUCACCUGCAUUAUCAUGUGUGUUGUCUGUUGGGUGACGGCAUUCCUUUUUGAGUUUCCUAACUUCAUCGGAUGGGGAGGACACUAUUUUGACCAGAAGAACCACCAGUGUAUAUGGGACAGAACCGCGAGUUUGUCCUACACCAUGUUCGUCUCCAUUGGCUUAAUUGGUGGACCCCUUGUAAUCAUGGCAAUUUGCUACUUCCUGAUUUUCCAACAGAUCUGGGAAACCAAACGAGAUAUAUACAAAUUGGAUUCUGAAAAUCCACUGAGAAUGAGAAAGGCAUGGAACGAAACUGUCCGGUCUUCUAAAACUCUGUUCUGUAUCUUCAUUGUUUUCGUCGUUUGCUGGACGCCCUAUGCCAUCACAGUGGCCUUAGAUGUACAGAACAACCUGUCCACCGAGAUUCAUCUUUUUGUCACUCUUCUUGCCCAUUUCCAUUCCAGCGUCAACUGUAUCAUAUACACCUCUGGAAAUAAGAGGUUUAGGAAGGGACUUAUGCGUCUCUUUGGUUGCGCAUCCUCUACCAAAUCGUCGUUCACAUCUAAUCCGGACACCACCGCCAAGAGAACCGGUAGCACAUCUUCUACCAGUCCUUCCGUGACCAGUGAAUCUUACUCUCCUCACUUCAACAAGAAACAUCCCAUAAACACAUUUUCCUCCGUUUGUACUAUCUCCAGCUCCUUCAAUGUUAAACUUUAACACGGUUUACUUUCAUUUAAACGGCAAAUCGGAUAUCAUUUUAAUAUGAAUUUGAAAGCGAUGGUAGGCCUAUAAGAUAAGACAAUAUGUAUUGUUUUAAUAUUAUUUUCAUCAAUGUUAUUUUAUUUAUGAUUAUUAUGGUAUCGUUAGAUUGCUUUCAAAAGUCCUUAAAGCAAUAUUGUAUGACCAUAUCGGUGAAUCUGCAAAGCAACAGUCCAACUGUUGAAUCGAGGAGAUAAAACUUUGUCUUUAGAUUA